AUGUCCACCCACAAGCCUAAAUUCCCCAACGCAGACCCAACCACAGAAGACGACAAGCCCGACACGCUGCACCGCGAAUUCACCAUCGAUGAAGAGAACAACAAGAAGCUGGCCCGCGACGAGGCCGGCGUCCUCUCCCGCGCCGGCGGGGACUACUCGGGCGCUCAGAAGAAAACCGACCCCGUGGAGAUCAGCCUGGUGCGGAAACUCGAUAUCUGGAUCAUGCCGACGCUGUGGGUCAUGUACUGGUUGAACUAUCUCGACCGGAACGCGAUUGCCCUGGCGCGGUUGAAUGAUCUGGAAGAGGACCUGGGGCUGUCGUCGUCGCAGUAUCAGACUUGCGUGUCGAUUUUGUUCGUGGGGUAUUUGUUGGGGCAGGUGCCGAGUAAUAUGAUCCUCACUCGGGUGCGGCCAUCCCUCUACAUGGCCGGCUUCAUGGCCCUCUGGGCCGUCGUGAGUGCCUUGACCGCGUUAGCAAAAGACUUCAAAGGCCUACUUCUCGUGCGAUUCUUCCUCGGAGUAUCCGAGGCCCCCUACUACCCCGGCGCUCUCUACAUGCUGUCCAUCUUCUACACGCGCAAAGAAAUCGCCACACGCAUCUCCAUCCUCUACACCGGCAACAUCCUCGCCACCGCCUUCGCCGGCCUCAUCGCCGCCGGCAUCUUUCACGGCAUGGACGACCUCGCCGGCAUCACUGGCUGGCAAUGGCUCUUCAUCCUCCAGGGUGCCGUGACCUUCGUGGUGGCCGUGUUCUCCAUCUUCACCCUCCCCGACGACCCGCUGAAGACGCGGUGGUUGACGCCCGAAGAGCGCGAGCUCGCGCACGCCCGCAUCCUCGCCGACACUGUCGGCGCCCGCGUCCAGUCCAGCACCUUUGCGGGAUUGAAAGAGGCGGCGAGGGACCCGCGGCUCUGGCUCUUCGCGUUCAUGCAGCAUAUGCAUCUUGCGGCGAACGGGUUUAAGAAUUUCUUCCCCACGGCGGUCGAGACGUUGGGCUUUAACACGACCAUUACGCUCGUGUUGACGUGUCCACCGUAUUUGAUUGCUGGGUUGAUUUCGGUGGGCUGGUCGUGGAGUUCAGGCAAGUAUAAUGAGCGCACCUGGCAUAUUACGGUGGCCAAGGCGAUUGCGAUCUUCGGGUUUGUGCUGGGCUGCGCGACGCUGAAUACCGGGGCGAGGUAUUUCGCGAUGGUCGUGUUUGCGAUUGGCACGUAUGCGGUGAAUAGUAUUGUGCUGGGGUGGGUGUCGAGUACGUGUGGGCAGACGAAGGAGAAGAAGGCGUCGGCGCUGGCGAUUGUGAAUACGACUGCGAAUGUGUCGUUUAUUUGGACGCCGGUGAGUUGA